AUGAGAAACCAUACAGAAAUAUUAGAGUUUAUUCUCCUGGGACUGUCAGAUGAUCCAAAAUUUCAAAUUGUGAUAUUCCUCUUUUUAUUUAUCACAUACAUACUUAGUGUCACUGGAAACCUGACCAUCAUUACGCUCACUUUCGUGGACUCUCAUCUACAGACACCAAUGUAUUUCUUUCUCCGGAAUUUCUCUUUUUUAGAAAUCUCAUUUACAACUGUAUGUAUCCCUAGAUUUCUGGGGGCAAUUAUCACACAGGAUAAGACUAUUUCCUAUAACAAUUGUGCAGCUCAACUCUUUUUCUUUAUUUUCAUGGGAGUGACUGAAUUUUAUAUUCUGACUGCCAUGUCUUAUGAUCGCUAUGUGGCUAUCUGCAAACCCCUUCAUUAUACAGUCAUCAUGAGCAGGAAGCUUUGUACCUUGCUUGUGUUAUGUGCAUGGGUAGGAGGGUUUCUUACAGUUUUCCCACCACUUAUGCUUCUCUUACAGCAGGAUUAUUGUGCUUCCAAUGUCAUUGAUCACUUUGCAUGUGACUAUUUCCCUCUCUUGCAACUAUCUUGCUCAGAUACGUGGCUCCUAGAAAUAAUUGGAUUUUAUUUUGCUUUAGUUACUCUGCUCUUCACUUUGGCAUUAGUUGUUUUAUCUUACAUAUACAUUAUCAGAACUAUUUUAAGAUUUCCAUCUGCCAAUCAGAGGAAAAAGGCUUUCUCUACUUGUUCCUCUCACAUGAUUGUCAUUUCUAUUUCUUAUGGAAGCUGCAUAUUCAUGUAUGCGAAUCCUUCUGCAAAAGAAAAGGCAUCAUUGACAAAAGGAGUAGCUAUUCUCAAUACUUCUGUUGCUCCUAUGCUGAAUCCUUUCAUUUACACUCUGAGAAACAAGCAAGUAAAGCAAGCCUUUAGAAAUGUGAUUAAUAGAGUUGUAUUUUCUACAAACAAGUAA